AUGGCCAUACGUUCGCGACCACCCUGGGAGAAACAAAGCAAUGCACCAACGGCUGAUGAAUCAAGCGGAACACACGCAUCCGACAUUUCGACAGAUUUUGAGUUCUUGAAUGAUUCAUUCGCGCGAGCCAGUGCGGCACCGGCAUCAUUCCCCCAAUUUCAAGAGCUGCCGCUUGAACUGCGAGAGUACAUCUGGGAAUUCAGCCUUCCCCAGCAACGCAUCCUCAAGGUGACGGUGGUUGGACAAAAUCUGGCUGAGAUAUCUGCACUUCCCUCUGAGAAAGAUGAGACCAAGGACCCAUCAUACCCGCGAUACAACAGAGAAAAUUAUUUAGGCAGCAUUGUCAGCGAUGCCAGCUACCAUUUGCGUUUACGCUCGACGAGCAGCAAUUCACCACUACUAUAUACAAACCGUGAGGCAAACAAAGUCGCUAAUCGAGUAUACCGUGUGGGUGUCCCCGUGUUCCACGGACGCUGCCGAAAAGCACGCGGAAGAAACACAGCGCUGCACGUCGCAAAAUCCGCCUCGCCAUGCUUACGAUUUUGCCCGGAACGAGAUACUGUCCUCAUCACUAUCGAGCGCAACGAGGAUGAACCCUGCUUUGUCCACUUCGUACAUGAUGCGCUGGCGUACGAUCCGAACGACAAAGGGAUCCUCCACAUGGCUAUCAUGAGCGACGACUCGCCGUCGUGUACGCGUUUGCCUAUACGGCUGUCUAAUCUCCAUAGUCGCGCCCGAGGUGCUUUGACUUCCACUCUUAGGAGCCUAGAGAGCGUGAGCCUCAUUCAUCUUUUCCGCGCGAAGUACCGCCAAAUGUACUCUAGCUUGCAGUCACAUUUCCUCUCCAAUGACAUUCAUCAGACAGAGAUGGUCCGCUUCAACAGAGCCUACCCUUUGUGGUCGAGCACUGCCUCUUAUUCGACUUUACCGGCCGAUCCCCGUCCUGUAUCUCGUUAUUUGGAUCUGGUCGACUGCGGAUGGGACCCACAGAGCCUCAUACGCGCCUGGCGCAUGCUCGAAGAAGCUUAUGAUGUCCCGCCGACCUCACCAGAGAAGAUGCGCGUGCUUAUCGCGACGACUGAUGACGAGGAGAGCCUUGAGAUUGCGACUACCUCCCAAGCACGUUGGUUUCGACAGCAAGAGGAGAUACUAGCGAGCCACAUGUGGAGAAAGUGGGGAUUCUUCGAUCUACAUUUUCCAGAGCUCCAGAAUCCGGAUACUGAGGAGAGCCUUGAGUUCUCGAAGAAGCAAAAUGCCAUAGGCUUCUGGUCGAUACCACUUGAGGCGUUUGGUCCUGUGCCGAAGGUGCCUUACGAUACGCAUCGAUGGCGGAUGACGCGGGUAUGUGACUUCACUCCGUUUGAGUCGCAAAUCCAGCUUGGCGUCUUUCAUAUCACAUAG